AUGCGGCAGGCGACGAGGAGCCCGAGGGUCAAGGGCGGGCCGGACCCCACGAAGUGCGUCUCACCUCAGUGCUUCGACUUGCUGGUCCGCAAAUGCGUGGGCUGCUGGCACUUCCGGACGGCGGAGCCGAGACCGGUCGAGGCGAGCAGCCUGACGCCCAGGACCCCGGUGCAGCCGCAGGAGUCGUUGGGCACAGGGAUCGCCGCCCAGGCCGAGCCGGCGCUGCCGCUGCCCGCGCUGCUCCUCGGCGCCCCCGCGCUGCUGGGUCUGGUGCUGGCCGUGGCCCUGGUCCUAGUGGCCCUGGUGACCUGGAGGCGGCAGCGGCCGCGCGGGCCCGCUUCCCCGGAAGCCCCGGACGGAGAGCAGGACAGUCCAGAGCCCCUGGAAAAUGUCCUCGUCCUCUCUUCUGGAUGCCCUAAUGCCACGGCUCCCGUCUGGCCUCCACCCAGGGAAAAUUCAGCCACCGCCCCCUCUGCCCACAGUGUCCCUGUGCCAGCUACGGAGCUGGGCUCCACUGAACUGGUGACUACCAAGACAGCUGGCCCGGAGCAACAGUAG